AUGCCGGAUGCCGUCACUGAAGUUUGCUCUUUUUCCACCGAAACGACCCCCAAGAGCCUCGGCCCCAAAGAUGUGCUCGUCAAGGUCCACUCCGUCUCCCUCAACUUCCGCGACGUGGCCAUGCUGCACGGGCAAUAUCCCAUCUCCGUCAUCGACAAGGGCAUCCCGGCCUCUGAUGCCGCCACCGAGGUCGUGGCCGUCGGCUCGGACGUGAAGAAGUUUGCCGUGGGAGACCAUGUGUCGCCCAAUUUCUUCCUCAGAUAUCUCACGGGUGAGGAGACUGGAGGAAGGGAGCCGCUGGGAGGAGAUGUGGAUGGUGUUUUGGCAGAGUAUGCGGUUUUCAAGGAGGAAGCCCUUGUGAAGCUGCCCGAUUAUCUUUCUUGGGAUGAGGCCUCUACGAUCCCUUGCGCAGGCGUUACAGCUUGGGUCUCGCUUGAUGGAUUGAAGAAGCUGAAGCCGGGCAAGAGCUACGUCCUCCUGGAAGGCACUGGCGGUGUCAGCAUGUUUGCCCUCCUUCUCCUCAUCGACGCCGGCAUCAACACCAUCAUCACGUCCUCGUCCGACGCCAAGAUCGCCCAGCUCGAGAAGCUCAGCCCGCUCAUCACAGGCGUCAACUACAAGACGCACGGCGACGUCAGCGGCGAGGUCAAGCGCAUCACCGGCGGCAGGGGCGUCGACAUUGUCAUCAACAACAGCGGCAUCAGCAACAUUCCGUCCAACAUUGAAUCUGUCGGCACCAAUGCAGACAUUGCGAUUGUGGGAUUCCUUGGCGGCUGGGAUGCAGACUGGAGUCCGAGCGAGCUGCUGAAGCUCAUCUUCAAGCCUGCCUCUCUGCGCGGAAUUGGCGUCGGCACGAGACUCGACUUUGAGAACCUGAGUGCCUAUCUGGCAGAGCGAAAGAUUGCGCUCAAGACGCUCAUCGACAAGGUGUUUGCGUUUGACGAGUCCAAGGAGGCAUUUGACUACUUGUACUCGGGCCGCCACGUCGGCAAGCUGAUUAUCAAGGUGGCCGAGUAG